AUUAAUUGUGUUUAAAUCUACAUUCAUUAAGAAAUAAAUGCAUAAAUAACUACUUUAGCUACUCUUGCUGCUUGGCUCAUAAGAAGAAAUCCACGACUAUUUUAUUUUUGGAUGUUAUCAAUAGGAAAACGACGUUUAUAUCCUGCGUCAAAAUUUACUUUGUAUAUUGCAGCUGAUCAUGCAAUUAAAUUACCGAUCAUACUUUUCCAUACUUGGUUACCAGAUACACACGGGGAAGCACAUUAUAGUACAUGUAUGCUUUUAGCUGGAAUAUUUCUUAAAGAGGUAGACUAUGGAUUAGUCAGAAUUAAUAUGGACUUAAUAUGGAAUUGUUUCUUCAUGCACAUUCAUUUUUUCUCCAUGGUUAGAUCACAUAUGAAAUUUAUUUUUAUCGAAAUUGGAUCGAUCACAAAUUUAGGCCUUAAUGGUGCUAUUUUACAAAUUAAUCAACAUGGUUUAACUUAUGAUCAAACAAGCACUUCUUUUUUAGAUGAAAUGAGUGGAAUAGGUAAUUCUAUGCUCAAAAUAUUCACAUUAUUAACUAGUUGUUCAAUGGCGUCUUUAGCUUUGCCAGGUCUGAGUGGUUUUAUGGCCGAAUUAAUUACUUCAGUAGUGAUUGACAGUAUUGAUCCUAAUUACUUUUCAACACGUUUUUAUUUAUUAUCUUUGUUACGUCAAAUGUUUUAUGGGUUGUUAUUUUCAAAUACUUAAGGAACAUAUUUUAUGGAUGCUGGAUCACGAUUCAUUUUUUCCAAUUAUUAGUAUUGGAAUCCAUUAUAACUCUUUUUAUC